CAUUUGCUUCCGUCUAGCCUAGGCUCAAGGCUGACUGAACUUUUGACUCGACUUUCCAGUUAUUUUUUAGUUUUCUCGUUUCUCCAUGAAAUCAGUGAUGUUAUCAUAGCGCAGCAGUUUUGAAUUUAAAUGAUAAGUACAAGUUUUUAUCUUGUAGUUAUAGCAAAAAUCAUGACAAGACACAUUGCGAGUGCAAGCUAGUCGAUAUACGUUGAAAAUGAAACGUAAUCGUGUAAAAGGUGUGUCGAAUUCUGUCGACUACCACAGCUGCAGCGAGCUAGAAACGGGGACUUACAUUAAACUGACCUGUGAUAAUCGUGAAAGAACCCAGUCUCCUUCCUCAACAAAUUUCAAAUUUCCGCCCCCUCCACGGCUGCGAAUCCCAGCAUCCUCAAGUGCGAGCCGACUGCCAUCUGCAUCGGCCCUAUGCUACCAGACUGUCUCAGAUUUUGAGACCAACUCGGACACAAGCCAGUCGGACUCCAACACAGAGGUUGUGAAAAGGUCAUCGCCCAUUCCUAUAAGAGGGUAUCAGUCUGAUGGUAGUCCAGUUCAGUAUUCCAUUCCCAAAACCCUGCCGCCUAUUGGAGUGUUUUGGGAUAUUGAAAACUGCCAGGUUCCUAGAGGUCGUUCAGCGGUUGCAGUUGCUCAAGCUAUUCGUGAUAAAUUUUUCAGUGGCUACAGAGAAGCUGAGUUUUUAGUUGUUUGUGAUGUCAAGAAAGAAAAUGCUCAAGUCAUCCAAGAACUCAAUGAUGCACAGGUAAAUUUAAUUCAUGUUAGUUCAACAAGUAAAAAUGCAGCUGACGAGAAAUUGCGGCAGUCAAUCAGACGAUUUGCAGAUAUUCAUGGGUCUCCUGCUGCCAUCAUUCUUAUCUCAGGCGAUAUCAAUUUUGCCGCAGAUUUAUGUGAUUUAAGACAUAGGAAAAAAAUUCAUGUUAUAUUGUUACAUAAUGAAGUUUGUUCAGAGAAUUUAAUGUUGUGUGCUACAGAAAAUCAUAGUUUUAAAGCUUUGACAGAGACUCUGCCAUUGCGGGGAGCCCUUAAGAAUGGCAAUCAGCCAGUUGAAGUUUUGGUUUCAAACUUACCGUUGGGUCAAGAUGCUGCUAGAAUCAGAAAUAGAUUAAAGAGGUUAUCAGAGAAUUGCGGGGGUCGCGUUGGCCUAGUCAUUGAUCACACCACCAAAAUUCGCUUUCCCUCUAUGGAAUUCGCCCUUCGGGCUCAGAAAAGAAUGAGUCAAGAACGAGUAUUCGGAAAUAGGAUCAUCAUUAGUUACCCUGAGUUAGUUAAAGAAGGCACUCCUAUGAAAGUUAGCUAUAAUAGUCAUAAUUAUCAUUCCGAACAAAAAAAUUUCAAGUUUGAUAGGUACGACAACUAUUCUGGUCCUCAUAGAGAUUCAAUUUUAGGUUAUAAUUCAAAUUUUCCUGCUAGAAGUUAUAAUAAUGAAUUGUCAGCGUAUUCUCACACACCAGCUAUAAAUAUAAGCAAUCAAGAAAAUGUGAUUCACAAUGAUCAUGAUAAUAUUUGGUCUUCCAAUAUCUCAGAUAACAAAAUGUCUCAUAUGCCAAGAGGUCGUCCAAUUCUUGCAGCCCGAGAGAAUACAGUGGAAACAGAAAUUAGAACCUAUGCAAAUUACAGUAGUUCAGAAGGUGAUAAUAAUUUAGCGUGGCAGCAAGACAGCAGGAAUCAAUUUAUGAAUAAUACGCUUUUUCCAAUGAAUAAUGAAACUCAUCCAAAUAACCACCAACAAAGUAUAACGAUAUUAAAACGUCCCCCUAACAACUCUGUCUCGCCUUCCAAGUCAGUCCAAAAUAUCCUGCCCAUGAAAAAUCAUCAAGCUAUUGAUCAUCAGACCCCUUCAUAUCCUGUAAUCAGUAUAAAUACAUCAAUUCCUCCACCACCAAUUAUAAAUUUGCCACGUCGUCCCAGCCCAGUGAACAACGGCUCUGAUGUCAACGAGGCAGAUAGAUUUUUUCACCCAAUCGGAGCUUCACAACAGCAACUAAACAACCUGAAUCCUCACUACCAAAAGUCUGGCAACUCUCGUUCUUCAAAUCCGGUUGGAUUGCAUGUAACAAAUCUGGACCCUAACAUGGAUGCUGACUCUCUGCGCCGUAUCCUCACAUCACUUUUCCGCCAGCAUGUCCAGACUCUCCACGUCUCCGUCUACCUUCAGAAGGAUGGUGACUACGCAGCUAGCAUCAAGGUGCCUAGCCUCCAAGACGCUCAGUUUGCUAUCUCUAAGCUUCACCGCCACAAGGUCGGCUAUCGGCGGAUCCUUAUCUCUUAUGCUCGCAGUGGAUCACCUCAUAAUCCUAGUGUCAUUAGAUCUCAGAUAGUUGCUCUACUUCUAGAAGUACCUGGUUAUCGCUUACCGCUAUUUAAAUUUAGUGAACUCUUCGAAAAGAGAUACUUCUCCUCACUGAGUGUCUCAACGCUGUAUAAAAUGGAAGACGUUUGUAUCAUCACAGAUGAACCCCAAGGGCGCAUGAUUUCUCUCAAUCCAAAUCAUAGAAAUACUCCUUCACCCAGAUUUAAUUAUUCUGGAAAGGAAUCUGAAUGGCCUUACUGCCAGCGUCAUUGGCGCGGUGAUCAAAAGUCUGAUGAGACUGGCUGGGCUGAAAUGGAGGCAUCUCUUCUACCUUGUGUCAAAGUUGUGUUUUCUCAGUUUUCUGCAAAUAUUAAAACUCUCUUAGCUUCUCAUAACAACAAACUACCAUUAUCCAGUUUAUGUGAUUGUUAUGCUGCUGAAUGUGGGGUGACGCUGGAACCUGAUGAGAAUGGCGUGCCACUAGAGCAUCUUAUCUCUUGUGUCUCCGGUGUAGAAAUCGUCCAAUCAACUUUCAAGUUUAUUCUGCCGUGUGAUCCUUCCAAAAAUGCCAGUGAUGACUCCAAAUCUGAUGGCCAUUUUGAUAGUCUAAAGUGCAUAAGUCCAUCCCUGAUUCCUCAGCUGAGUCUUUUCAGUCGUGAAUUAGCCGAUCUGUUAAAAACGUUUCCUCACUGCCGCAUGCCGUUCAGUCAGUUCAUUCCUGCUUAUCAUCAUCACUUCGGGCGCCAGUGCCGUGUCGCUGACUAUGGGUACACCAAACUCAUUGAUCUCCUUGAAAUACUGCCGCAUGUCAUCCAGGUUUUGGGUGGAGGUUCUCAUCGCACACUAACUCUUGCACAUCGAGUUCAGAUUCGACGUUUCACCUCAGAUCUCUUGCGUGUGCUGAAAGCACAAACACACAAGCAGUGCACUCUAUCAGAAUUCCCGAGUCUCUUUGAAAAACUGCUCAAUCGUCCAUUUGAUCCUGUUGAUUAUGGGCUCUGCUAUCUGGAGGAUCUUUUAUCACAAGUGCCUGAUUACGUCGUAGUUAUGACACAAAGUGAAACGGAUACUAUCAUUGCUAUUCCAAAACGUGAGCAAACUCCUGAGGAAAUCGAAAGAACUAAAAUCUUUGCUGCGCAGGCGGUAGAACUGCUGAGCCAUGCUCCGCAAUGCAGUAUUUUAUUCAGCAAAUUCAUCCCUGCAUAUCAUCACCAUUAUGGUCACCAAUGCAGAGUAUCUGAUUACGGAUUUACCAAACUGAUUGACCUAUUUGAUGCCAUUCCAGACAUUGUCAAGGUAGUCGAUGACAGCGAUGGAGAGCGUCAAGUCACACUAACAACAGAGAAGAAGCUAAAUGUGUUAACAGAUCAACUCCUGAACCUCAUUAACUCACGGAACCCGCCCUCCCUCCCGAUGUCAGAUCUGUGUGCCUCGUUCCUAUGGCAAUAUGGCUACGCUUUGAAGCCCCUUGCAUAUGAUUGUCAAGACCUUGGAACCCUGCUCUCUAAGCUGGAGACGCGUAUCAAGGUGAUAGAGUCACCAUCAGGACCGAUUUUGCAGGCUGUAGAUCUGAAGCACAUUCGAGAUCUGGCAAUGAAAGUUCGCCGAGUCUUGAUGGAGAAACCCAGUUCCAAAAUGACGUUUGAUGAUUUCUGUAAUGCUUUCAAAGCUUACUACGGUGAAGAAAAGUGUGAACUUGAAACUUUAGAGAAGGAACUCUCUGAUGUUGUCAAGGUGACAAAAUCAGAAAAUGGCACUGUGAAUGUCCAAUUGCGUGACCUCCAGUUAUUUGCCCGUGACAUCUACCGCCUUCUUCUGAACUGGAAUGGACGCUUGGCUCUAAGCAACUUUGAGAUGGCCUACCUCCGCAUGUUUGGUACAGCUGUCCAACCAGCACAAUACAAUCACCAAACGCUCCUCUCACUCCUGCAAGCUGUUUCUCACACUGUGCUCAUUCGCGGCAAAGGACCACGACGAAUCUUGGUGCUGAACAAAGAGCUAGCAAAUGCUGGCAUUCUUCUGCCAAGUGGUUUUUCACCCUCACAUGAGAACAAAAAUACCAAUGAAAGAAAUGGUUUUUCCAAAAAUAAUAAUCAAGCUCAAUCGAAAAGACAAAAUCAAAAUGCUAAAGAAGAACUCAACAACCACAAGAAUGAUAAUGAGAAAUUUAACUCCACUCUGGAUUCCUCGCUUGUUACUCCUGAAAAUUCUCCACCAUUCAGCAGCCGCAUUACCAACAACAUUAGUGGUGAUGAAGAGAUCCCAAGUAUUCAGCUGCCAGACUUGAUGCUCCACCCAGACACUUUCAAGGCAUCUAAACUCAUAUCACCAUGCAAAUCAAUCCAGCUCACAGUUGCAAAUGAUUCACCACAAGAGAAUCGCUCUUUGAAUCGUAGCGUUCCAUACGUUAUGGCACCGGACCCAAGUGAGUUGCCCAUGCCGUCCAUGCUCAUCCCUCAGACUGGUGAAACAGAUGAGGCUGACUUGAGCAACGGCUCAGUGGAAGAAGAGAAGAAGUUGGCCAAUGUUAAUAACUCCGUAGGCUCGUCUGAUGUUCUCUCAAGCUCAGAAGAUAACCUCAGCAACUCUACUAAGCGUAAGCCACGUGUUGCUGCUCUUUUCAACACACCAAUGGAACUGAAGUAAGUCGCUCAUAUUUUUGAGGAGAGAAUGAUGAAGAAAAAUUUUCUCCCUUCUUUCAAGCCUGUUCCUUUUUAAAUCCUCGAAACUUCGUUCCCCGCAGUAUCUCGUCAAUGUUCAAACAUCCCUAAAUCUAUAGUAGUUUUAAGUAACUGUAUGCAUUCCUCUUCAAAUACUCGGAGUGGCAGACGGUAUUUCUGAAUAGCGCAGUUGGUUAAGAACCAGACAGCAGGAAAAUCUGUGAUUUUUUAAAAUCUAGCCAUGAAUAUGUCAAUCACUUAAAUCAGCUGGUUUUUUGUGUGCACAAUGAUCAAUCGUGAUGUAGCAUAUUUUAUCUAGAUAUGUAAGUCUUUGUGUCCACCGGCAAUUGAUUCUGUUCUAUCUAGAUAUCCUAUAUAUUUUAUAAAGUGUAAGCGCUGUUAUUUUUACGACCCUUGAAACCUUAUUUUCUGUCCCUUUCUGAAUUUUAUUUUUUAUGAUUAUGAUUGUAUAGUUUUAUCUUUCACGCUCGAAUCGUUUUAGUUUUGAUAUUCAGAAAAAGAAGGUCAGGAAACCUGUGAACAUUACUAGCAGUCGUCAUUUAAGCUGCAAAAUAUUCGAACCGUGAUUUUUCUUUCCAUUCCCAGCACAUGAAGGAUAGGUUAAUCCUAACUUAGGGUAGUUACUAAAUAGCUAUUGAUUUCCUCCUAUCUCUUGGUUCUUAUUGUACCUGUUCCAGGCCAACAUCUGUCAUGCUGAGACUGUAACUCAGUUCUAGUCCAAUGAAUUUUUUUAUUGAUAAAACAUGAUGAUUUGAAGAGAAAUAGCCAUUUCUUAGAUGAGUGCUCAGUAUUUUGAGUUUUAUUUUAUCCCUAGAAAGUCAAGGUGUUUUAUCGGAAUGAUGUUAUGCAUAUCUGCUCGUUUCUUACUUUUUCCUAUUUCUAUCUUGUCUUCCAUGUAUGAGUUGUGGAAUAAGUAUAUUUUCCUAUCAAUGUAAUUCUGUAUCUCUUGCAUUUCAUAUUACAUUAAAUCUGUUCCUUGGUAUUUCCUCUAUCUAUGGCAGAAUAUCAUACCGGAUGUCCGGAAGGUAACGUACUGAACUUUCAGGAUCCAUUUUUCUGCUCAAAAUUUGACUUUUUUUCCCUAGACACAUAUGCCCAAAAACGCUUGAUGAGUGAGCUAUGUGCUUCCAAAGUUGCCAUUUGUUUUCUUUCAAAUUAAUGUAACUCCUCGUUAUUUAGUUGUAAGUACCUAAAACUCUGUGCAGGGAGGUAUUUAUCGGCGUACUGUUCAUUUUUCGUAUUUUCAAGAACGGACGUUCCUCGUAGCGUUUUUGGGCAUAUGUGUCAAGGGAAAAAAAGUCAAAUUUUGAACCGAAAAAUCAAUCCUGUAAGUUAAGUACCUUAACUUUUGGACACUCUGUAUAAUGCUCUCUAUCUUGCCACAGGAUUACAACAAUGCAGUUUGAUGAUUAGGAGUUAGUGUUCGUAGAGAAAAAAUAAAGAAGAUUUUUCUCUCAACUCCUAUAGGUAGAAUACACCAACUGAUUAGCAUUUCUUGCUUACUUUGAAAGUAGCACCACUCAUCAGAAGUUUACACCAAAGUUAAUUUAUCUAAAUGUAGUUUUUUGAUGAGUGAUGAUUCUUCAUCAUCAAGUGUCCCAUGUAUUUUAUCUUCUGGAGUUCCUCCUUCAUGUGCUGUAGCACUCUUUCAGUGUUGAUUCAAGUCAAAGCUGUAUAAGCAUUUAAUUGAAGAUGUUUUUUAUAGAUGAGGCUUCAUUGUUUUUGCUAAACCUUGUCUAGCCGCAAAAGUCAGUUGCAUUUUAACUCGUUCUAAACUUUUCAAAUUUAUUUUUUGCUGAUCGUUAGUUUUUGAAAUUUUUCAUUCUGUACUCUGAUUGAAAAUCAUGGACUACCGAACUUUAAUCUUUUGCACCAUUGUGUGAAGCUGGCUAAUCUGUAAUCAAGUACAAAACUCAUUCUUCUUACAAGUUUUAUUCACUUAAUCCAGCAUAAAGUGAGAUCAAAGUCAAUCCCUGAUUGGGUAAUUAAUGAAUUGUAAUUUUGGAUUUAGAAUUCAUUCAAAUAAUCUAGUUGGACAUUCGUAGAAAAUGUCAUUUCUUGAAUUCGACCAAUGAAAAUGAAUCAGUUUAAUCCAGCUUUUAAAUAAUAGAAUAUUGUUGCAGACCGUAGAAAAAGUUAAAUUUUUUGAAAUGUGUUAAAACUUUACAUUAGCAGCAUACCCCUUGCAAUGUUGAGACCAUAUCUGCAGUCAUUUUUUUUUCUUCCUAAUAAAAUCUGAUGCAAAGCCCAGUUUACAUUGUUAAAAAAGUGUCAAGAAUGUAUUUCCUUCUUCAGAUUUUCAAUUUUUAUAGUUUGAGGGAAGUUAUUGUCUGGAAUUAGGAAAUGCGAUUUCUCGGCAUUCCAUUCCCACACAUUCAAUGUAUUUUAGAACCAGUAUUUUUUGUUUCAAGUGCAUUUUUAUUUUAAUUUUUUGACUUAUUUUGAGUGGGUAUUUGGAAAUCAAUCAUUAAAUGUUUAGUUUUGCUGCGAAUACAAAAUAAGAAAGGGAAAAGCUCCCCUAUCAUUGUGCUUGUCUCCUCUACACGUAAAUUCUCACAUCUCGGUUUGAAAAUUGUGACCCUGUGUGAAGCCUAAUCCAAAGUUCGUAUUUUCGAGCAAUUUUCUCUACGCUUAAGUUGUUGCUUGUACUUGUUUUAAAUGUGAUGAAAUAAAUUCGGUACUUUGUAUUGCAGAUUGA